AUUGUUUGAUCGAUCUGUCUCUGCGAUGCCUUGUUGGGUAUUAGAGCUAACCAAAGUUAGUUAAUCCCAUAUUUAUGGUGGAGGGAGGGAUAAUUGUGUGGAUUUGUAGAAAGAUUAUAACGUCUCAACGACGCCGUUUUAGUAAUACCUGAGGGAUCAUUACUUCUGCCUAUAACGACGUCGUUUCGGGUCUGUGCUGGUCGCUUUUUAAAAUUGUAGAAUCGGAGAGAUUUGAGAAAGGAAGAGGAAGAGGAAGAAGAAGAAGGAGAUGGGGUACGUGUUGAGGGUGAGAAUGGCAUCUUUCUUCGCCGGAGCUGCGACCGCGUCUUUGAUCGGCCUAUCUGUUCUCUACAAGGAUUACAAAGUCGCUCACGAAUCGAUUUCUCACCAGGCAAAGGCUUUUCAUGACUCUCUGGAUACAAAGAUCUCUACUCUUGAGAGCUUGAGAAGAAGUGAAGCUCCUCAGCUUCCUCAGACAACAACUGAUUAGUAUAUGUUUCAUACUCUCUUUCUUGCUGAUGAUGUUGUUUAUUUGAGUUGCUCUUUUUCGCGUUUAUGAAUAAACUUGAAAGUUCCUGUAUGACUACUGUUAUCAAACAAUGAAGUUAAUGUAGUCAACAAUGGAUUGAAACUUGCUGUAAUACUUUUGCCAUUUCAAAAAUUUAUGUUUCAGUUUA